AUGUUUGACAAGGACGUGCCGGGCUUUGUUAAGUACACGGCCUGGCGCCGCACGCUGCCGGGGGGCAAGACGGAGUACAAGAGCGUCACCACGGCGCCCGACGUGACGCCGCAGGAGUUCAUGGAUAUGUACCUGGACGACGGCUUCAGGCGCAACUGGGACGGCAUGGUUAUCCACCAUGAGGUGCUGGAGCACGGCAACUUCGCAGAGCGCCAGCAGGUGGUGCGCUGGAUCCGCCGCUUCCCCUUUGCCUUCCUCAGCGACCGCGAGUACUCGAUCGCGCGCCGCCUCUUCCGCGGCGCGGACGGCUCGCUCACGGCCUGCACCAAGUCUGUCGUGCACCCCCGCGAGUACAAGAACAGCUCCCUGGUGCGCAUGGACGUCUACUGGAGCCACUGGCGCUCCGUCGCCGUCGACUGCCCCUGGGGCAGCGGCAAGCCCGCCACCCAGACGACGCUGCUGCACCAUGAGCAGUUCAAGAUCCCCGAGCGCCUCGCGCGCUUCGCCGUCACACACGGCAUGUGGGGCUUUGUGCGCAAGCUGUCCUCGACGGUGCCGCAGUACGCAGAGGCGCGCCGGCGGCGCUGCCACCCGCUCAAGGAGGACGCCGACGCAUAUGGCGCCGGCUUCGCGCCCAACCCGCCGCACCGCCACGGCGCCGCCGCCGGCGGCGCCGCGGACGACGGCACCUGCAGCGCCGCCGCAGCCGCGGACUCGCCCGGCGGCGGCCGCGCGGACGCGUACCGGCCGCGCGGCGGCGGGCUGCGCACAAAGGCGGCGCUGCUGCUGAUCGGCGGCGUGGCCCUGGCCGCCGGCGCGGGCCGCGUCGGCGGCGGGCGGCGCGGGCGGCGCGCCGCGCUGGGGGCGACGGCCUUUGCGGAGGCCGACCCCGCGGAGUGCGUUGAGUGA